AGAAAUUAUUGCUUUACUUUAUCACUUCGUCUCAAAUAAAAAAAACACUGCAAUCCUGCAAUUAUCUUUUAUAUACUCAUCCAUAAACAGAAUCCAUCGACGAAUAAGGAAAACUUGUGAAAAAGAAAACAAAAAUUGUAACCAUGUCCGUAUCCAACACUGCCCAUCUUGCAGUAAGUAAUCCUCAUUUGGCGCUCAAUAGCUUUAUCAAUGUUUUCUCGCCGCCUUCUUCGGUUUCCAAUGGGAAUGAAACUGAAAAGACUGGCACGUUCAUCCAUAAUCGGCACAUGGUUUUGAAGUUGGUCAAUAAAAUCUUUGAUGAUAAGCUCGGCAAUAUUGAAUUAUCUCCGUCACAUUGCUCCAGUGUGGCGAAGAGAAGUUCCGAAUAUAGUUAUGACAGACGACUCAAGUACUGGAAGGAUGUGUUGGAGCAACGCAAGAAUGUGCAGGCGAACAUACAGCUAAAGACUGGUAAAAAACCAGCCCAGAUACUCUUCAAUCGUGCAGUUACCGUUGAUGAACGUGACAAGCAGACUGUGCGCCGCUUGAUGGACUAUGCCGAACGUGUAACACCAUUGACUCUAAUAAAUAGGAAUGCAUCUAUAUUACCGGAAUAUAUGGACUGUAACACAUGCCAGCACGUGAAUGAAUUACAUGAAACGUUGCCAAAGGCAGAGCGCGACGGUGAGAAGAUAGUUGAGAUUAGCGGCUUACCGUCGAUAACUAAGAAAGAGCUAUUGGGAAAGCCGAAGGAUCAGGGUACCAGCAAGAAGUCGGAUUGGUUGAAAUCGAAAGUGUUAGAGGAUCGCAUUGAAGAGAAGCGUCACGAUUUAGAACGUGUAAUAGAAUUCUAUCCAGAUAUAGAGAAAUUGGAAGUUGUGGGCGAAGGUUUUGACAAGAUAAACUUGUUGCAACACAAUGUAGAUAUAAAAUAUAUAGGUGAAGAGCUCAUACAUUAUAUAUCACAGGAUUCAUCCGCUUGUCAAGCAGAUACACAGGCAGAAACGAGUGUGGAGGAGCCACCGCCACAACCCGACUACUAUGUCAAGAUAAACGAGCAUGUUUUCCAAUUUAUUGAGAAACGUAGCUCUAAAUAUGUCGAGAUAGAGGUUCGUUUCGAAUGCGAGCCUUUCGACAAAGUCAUCAAGCACGUUUUACAUGUGGAAAAUCUGGGCAAAAAGGUGUUGAAUUUCGAAUGGGUGCAUCGGCCGUAUUUCGGAAAGAAUUCCAAUCUUUUGAAGGCCAACGAUGAUGAAUUUCUCUUCCCGCAUACACCGUUUCGUCUUGCGUCAGGCGAUACCAUGGAAGUGGUUGUGCAAUUUCAACCACGUCAUGUCAACGUCAUAAAAGAAAAGUGGAUGUUAAAAAUAGAUCCAUAUUUUUUUUGUCGCAAAAUAGACGCUGUCGUUUUGCGACUGUAUGGAAAAUGCAAGCCAGCGCCAGAAUAUGUAAACAAAAUUAGAGCUGACCUAACAGAUGUGCUGAAUAAGUCUAAUACUAAGAUGGCGCGCCAGUUUACCACGGGCUUGGCUUCACUCACACCGCUUAUUAAAGGACCCGAAACGCAGUGUCCUUACCAGCGCACCCUCACUGAACUUGAGCUCUUCGAAUUCAACAAUCCCGGCUAUCGUUGUGAGCGUUAUCAUGACAUACAAUUACUGAAGGAACUAUACCAACGUUUGAAGAAGCCACGUGAACCUGCUUGGGACCUUAGUGUAGAAACUUUGAAAGCUAUGAUAUUGCGCCAAGAAAGUCCCGAUCGGCGUGCUUUACUUUUCGUCGAGAUGCUGGGUGUUUUAGAGGAGAUGCGCGGCAAACCGCCAAUAGACUUCGAGGAGAAAAUACUCAAUAAUACGGAACGUGAGCGGGCAUGCUAUGUGUACGUGCGUGGUAUUAUUUCGACGGGAAUCGAUGAAUGGGAAGAGCUGACAUUGACCAUUGAGGAGGCUUUCCUAAAAGUAACAUGGCAGGAGUACAUGGAAACUUAUUAUGAAAUGCAAAAGGAUACCACUUCUUUACUAAAUGAAGGCGCUGGGGGCGAUGCUCAAAAUAUAGGUUUGGAAUUGGACGAAGAGGGAAUUAAACAAUGGCUAGCUAAGGAGUUGCGUCAUCGCAAGGCGUUCCGUGACACACUCUACAUGCAGACCUAUACGCAUUUGUGCAAUUUCAUGGAGGAUAUUGUGUCAGUGAUUGAGAGCACAGAUAUCGUAUAAGCCGUUGCUAUGUUCGGUAGAUAUUUGUCUUAAAUUGCUUUUUUUGAAAAUGAGUCUAUGGACAAGUUGUGCGUCAUACACUAGUUGAAAGAGCUUCUGUGCGCAUGCGGCAGUGCUUGAAUGAGAACUGCACUGAGAAAUGUUUGCGCCAAUCAUUUAUAUAACGUUUUUUCUUUUAUAUUUUACUUGGAUAUACAAAUGUACAUAUAUAAUAUAAAAUGAA